UUUAAGCUGUCAGAAUUUAGACCCAACCAACUCGAAGCGAUCAAUACGACACUCAAUGGCGAUGAUGUAUUUGUGCUUAUGCCGACAGGUGGUGGCAAGAGUUUAUGCUAUCAACUGCCUGCCAUCAUUCAAAACUACAAGACACAGGGUGUUACCUUUGUUGUAUCUCCACUUUUGUCACUUAUGCAAGACCAAGUCGAGCAGUUGGUCAAGGGUCGAGGCAUUGCAGCAGGCAUGCUCAACAGCUCCGUCAAUGCUGCUCAAAAGAAAUGGAUCUACAAUGACUUGUAUAAGGACAGCCCUACCUUACAAUUGCUCUAUAUCACUCCAGAACUUAUGAGUAAGUCGGACCAGUUACGAAACGUGAUGGAUAAUCUGUAUGGUCGUAGCAAGCUGGCAAGGUUUGUAAUUGACGAGGCGCACUGUGUCUCGCAAUGGGGACAUGAUUUCAGACCAGACUACAAGCUGUUGGGCUCAUUAAAACAACUCUACCCAAAGGUACCAAUCAUGGCUCUUACGGCUACGGCCAAUGAUGCAGUUCAAAAGGAUGUAAUUCAUAACUUGAGCAUGAAAGAUUGUAAGAUACUCAAACAGAGUUUUAACCGAAAUAACCUAGUAUAUGAAGUGGUCGAACGAAAAGGAAAACGUAACCAUUUGGACGAAAUUUAUGAGUUUAUCAAGGAACGGCCUAUGGAGUCUGGCAUCAUUUACUGUAUCUCACGCAAGGACUGUGAGCAGGUUGCUGAAUCGUUGAGAAGAAACUAUGGUGUGUCCACAAAGCAUUAUCACGGCAAGAUGACAGCAGCUGAACGAACCGAAGUGCAGAGUGAGUGGCAAACCGGCAGGAUCCGUGUGAUUGUAGCGACGAUUGCGUUCGGCAUGGGAAUCGAUAAACCUGAUGUGCGAUACGUCGUACACUUUUCGAUGCCGUCCUCGCUUGAAGGCUACUACCAGGAAACAGGACGUGCCGGACGAGAUGGGUUACCGGCCAUCUGUCGUCUUUAUUACUCAUUUGCGGAUAUGCGUACCCACAACUUUUUGAUUGAUCAAGGUGAUGGUAGCUGGCAGCAGAAGCAACGACAGAGAGAUAAUUUGAAUACCAUGAUGCGGUAUUGCGACAACAAAACGGAUUGUAGACGGAAGCAGAUCCUGAGUUACUUUGGCGAGCGAUUCAAUCCGACUCUGUGCCAAAAGAUGUGCGAUAACUGUGUGGCGAAUCAGCACUCGGUCAGCUUCUUAAAGAACAUGUCAACAGAGGCUCAGCAGAUGUGUCGACUUCUUCAGCAGAUCCAUCCGGAUCGUAUUACCUUGUCUCAAUUGGCAGACGUGUUUAGAGGCUCAAGAGUGAAGCGAAUUAUAGAGCAUCAGUAUGAUCAAUUGAAUGGAUAUGGUGCGGGUAAAUCAAUAUCAAAGAUAGAUGUCGAUCGUUUAUUGAAGGCGAUGGUGGCGGACGAUAUCCUUGCUAUCAAGUCAGAAUGUAAUAACGCAGGAUUUCCUAUUUCUUUUGUUGUGAUGAGUUCAAAAUUCGAGUCUUUGAUGAACGGUCGUCAUACGGUUCUACUUAGUUUUUCACCCAGUACGAAUGGAAAUGGAACAUCGAGAGGAUUUAUAUCUGCAAGGCAACACUCUGCGAACACAGCAUCUUCUGCAUACAAUACCAAUAGAAACUAAUUUAAUAAUAAAACCAUCUCUUUUAUGCCCAAUG